AUGAGUCAUCGUGUUUUCGUUUUCGAGCCGUGAUUGUCAUUCGGUACUCUGUCGCACGCUGUUUUCUUUGAAGUAUUUAUAACCUAUUCACAGCGAGUUGCCAGUCGCAUGAUCCAAGAGGGGGUUGGGUUUUUACCCAGGGAUCUUUUUUCUACCAGGAAGUCUUGUUUUGAGCGGGUACGUCACAAAGUUUAUGGUAGGAUCGAUAUAUCUAAACCCAGCGCUGUCUUUUAGGCCGGAAACCAGAUUGUUUUGUCUCCCUAGUCUGGAAUUUGACCUGGACUGUGGGAUAACCCGUGGGGUAGGAGGAAAUUUGAGCCCCCCGAGUCACUGGAAAAAGCGAUAAGGAAACAGGUCUAAGAUGAAUGUUGGAGACUCAGAGUUGAAGCGUCGAUUUCAAAAGAUGGACGAACAGAUCGGUAAAGGAUCCUUUGGACGUGUUUACAAAGGUCUGGAUACGAACACUCAGCAAGUGGUGGCCAUUAAAAUCAUAGAUCUGGAGGAGGCAGAGGACGAGAUCGACGACAUACAACAGGAGAUGCGGAUACUGGCACAGUGUGACUCCCCAUUUGUCACAAAAUAUUUUGGGUCCUUUGUACAGGGCUUUAAGCUUUGGAUCGUAAUGGAGUACCUUGGGGGCGGGUCUGCUCAGGAUAUCAUUAAAAUGGCGCCAUUUUCCGAAAGAGACAUUGCAGUUGUAAUGAGGGAACUUUUGAAAGGAUUAGAUUACCUCCACAACGAACGAAAAGUACAUCGCGAUAUCAAAGCUGCCAACAUCCUCCUGUCGCACAAAGGUGACGUCAAGCUAGCGGAUUUCGGGGUAGCAGGGCAGUUGUCCACAAUAGGGAAGGCGGAAACCUUUGUGGGUACUCCAUAUUGGAUGGCGCCGGAAAUCAUCAAAGGGCAAAAAUACGACACAAAGGCUGACAUAUGGAGCUUAGGAAUCACCGCUAUAGAGCUUGCCAAAGGAGAACCUCCUUAUGCCGAUCUUGACCCAAGAAAAGUGAUUUUUCAAAUUCCCAAAAAGGAUCCUCCUCAAUUGUCUGGAAAUUUCUCCCCGGCCUUAAAAGACUUCGUCAAAGACUGUCUAAAUAAGGAUCCGAAAGACAGACCGACAGCAAGGGAGCUGCUGAACUACACACUUAUAAAGCGGGCCCGGAAGACGAGUACUCUACAGGAUGUCGUUGAUCGAUACAGUGAAUGGCGAAAAAACCAAACUCCGUCAGACAACGAUUCGGACGACGACGACGAUUUAAGAAUUGCUGAUACAGAGUCAAUGGACUUCUGGAACAGCACGGUGAAAAAUCUUGAAGAAUUCGUACAAGACCACCCUAUUCACAAUUAUGACACAAUGCGGGAAGUGGAACAAUUUGAAACAAUAAGACAGCCAAAAGAGAGCUCUUGUCAAGAACGUGAUGAGCGCUCAGAGCAAGCUACUGGCGAGGACAGGCCUUCGGAAAAUGAUGAAGAAUAUAACUACUCGGUUGUACACAAAUCAAGAAAUGAUAUUGGAUCAAAACUGGACACAAAUGAUGAAAAAGUAGACAAGAACAAUAGUGCAUCCAGUGAUCUAAUUUCAGAAAAUUCGACAAAGUCUAUAGGACAUGUCGAAAGUGAACCUGACUAUGAAAACGUUGACGAUUAUCAGUACACAGAUCAGGACAUCAGUGACGGUCUUCGGGCUCAUAAUGGCGACAGUACGUCUGAAUUAAGUUCUCUCAACGUCACUGUGAUGCCGCUUCUCGCCAGGUUGAAGUUGUUAUAUAAAGAAGAUUGUGAGGAGAGGGGCCAAUCAACAGCAUCGACGCAAAUCGUUGAAGAAUUGUUAAAUGCUUUUCAGUUGGCUGAAACCUCAUGUCCAGGCUUGACAGACGAGUUUCUUGGUGGUAUUGUAGAAAUUCUUACCGCACCCACCCAAGGAGCAAUGGAAAUUAAACGUGCAUUAGAAAAGGUUAGAAGCCCGUCCUAAUAAAAUGGAAGUGGAUCUUUAAUGUGAAGAAUUAAGAAUACGAACUUCAAGAUGUGGGACAGAUUAUCUUGUUUUGUUUUAGCUCACCUGAGCUGAAAGCUCAAGUGAGCUAUUCUGAUCACAUUUUGUCUGUCGUCCGUCUGUCCGUAAACUUUUCACAUUUUCAACAUCUUCUCAAGAAUUACUUGUGAAAAAUAAGGGCCACAUCCUUUUUCAAGGGGAGAUAAUUAAAAAUUAAUGAAAAAUUUUGAGAAAUUUUCAAAAAUCUUUCAAGAACCGUGAAGCCAGGACAGCUGAAACUUGUGUGGAAGCAUCCUCAGGUAAUGUAGAUGCAAAGUUGUGAAAUUCAUGACCCCCGGGAGUAGAGUUGGGGCCACAAUGGGGGGGGGGGGGGGGGUCGAAGUUUUACAAAGGAAUAUAUAGAGUUAAUCUUUAAAAAUUUUCUUCUCAGAAACUAAUCAGCCAAGAAAGCUGAAACUUGUGUGGAAGCAUCCUCAGGUAGUGUAGAUUCAAUGUUGUGAAAAAUAUGACCCCCGCGGGUAGGGUGGGACCACAAUGGGGGGUCGAAUUUGACAUAGGGAUAUAUAGAGUAAAUCUUUAAAAAUCCUCUUCUCAGAAAUUAAUCAGCCUGAAAAGCUGAAACUUGUGUGGAAGCAUCCUCAGGUAGUGUAGAUUCAAAGUUGUGAAAAUCAUGAUCCCCAGGGGUAGGGUGGGGACACAAUGGGGGUCAAAGUUUUACCAAGGAAUAUAUAGAGUAAAUCUUUAAAACUCUUCUUCUCAGAAACUAAUCAGCCAGGAAAGCUGAAACUUGUGUGGAAUCAUCCUCAGGUAGUGUAGAUUCAAAGUUGUGAAAAUAAUGACCCCUGGGGGUAAGGUGGGGUCACAAUAGGGGGUCGAAGUUUUACAUAGGAAUAUAUAGAGUAAAUCUUUAAAAAUCUUCUUCCUAGAAACUAAUCAGCUAGGAAAGCUGAAACUUGUGUGGAAUCAUCCUCAGGUAGUGUAGAUUUAAAGUUGUGAAAAUCAUGUUCCCUGGGGGUAGAGUAUGGCACAAUGGAGGUUCGAAGUUUUACAUAGGAAUAUAUAGAAUAAAUAUUUAAAAUUCUUCAUAUCAGAAACUAAUUAGCCAGGAAAGCUGAAACUUGUGUGGAAGUAUCAUCAGGUAGUGUAGAUUCCUGUGGGUAGGGUGGGGCCACAUUAUUGGGUGUUAAAGUUUUACAUAGGAAUAUAUAGAGUAAAUCUUUAAAAAUCUUCUUCUCAGAAACUAAUCAGCCAGAUGAUUCUUUAUAAUUGUUAAGACUUUGGCUCCAGGACAAUUCUUCGGCUUCACAAGAAGGUUCAGAGUUUGAUGUAGCUUUAUAUCCCAUAUAUAAACAAAUGUUAAGGAUCUUUUUGAGAACUGCAAUACUCAACAUGUGAUAUGACUAUAAAAUCAUCCUGUUAGAAAAGGGACUAAUUAUGAUAAACAUUAGAAUAUUUAGGGGGGGGGAUGGAUUUUAUUUAUACAUGUAUUAUUGUACAUUGUCCAGAUUGUUUGUAUUAUGACUCCAUUAAGCUGAUUUUAUCAUACUUAUUAUUGCUCAGGUGAGCGAUGUGGCCCAUGGGCCUCUUGUUUGUUGUUAUUGUUCUCAUUAAUAAAAUUAAAAUAUUGAAAGAAA